CCUGUUUGUCAGACUUAACGAUAAGAGAAUGAAAAAAAAAUUGGAGAUUCAUUUUCUCACCGGAGCAGAGAGGAUUCUAACGCAGCAGACAUGUCUUUGGCUGGCGUUAUGACAGGCUUACUGUGUGCAGUAAUGUUAUUUCAGCAUGUCUCAUGUACCGAGCUGAACGUCAACAGACCUAGGUCGUGUGGAGCUGGAGGCUCUCCUUGCUGCAAGGGACCAAGGCAGGAACAAAGCAUAGGAGCUCGCACCUUUAGAGUAACUGAGAACUGCAACGAUACAACUGUGGGCAACACUACAGUGCAAUCUCUGACUUCGAAAUACACCACAGUGUUAAUUCCUUCUCUGUACCUCAUCGUUUUCAUUUCUGGAUUGCCUGCCAACAUCUUGGCUCUAUGGAUCCUAGUAAGAAAAACCAAAAGGAUGCCAUCGACCACUUUCCUGGUCAGUCUGACAGUUGCUGACAUCCUUCUGAUCCUGAUGCUGCCAUUUAAGAUUAUUUAUCACUUCUCAGGGAACAACUGGAUCUUUGGAGAACUCAUGUGCCGGCUGGUCACUGCUUCUUUUUAUGGAAACAUGUAUGCUUCAGUUCUUUGUCUAACGUGCAUCAGCAUUGACAGAUACAUUGCCCUUGUCCAUCCAUUUGCAUCUAAAGUUUUCAGAAGCCAGAAAAUGGCUGGCUAUGUCUGCCUUGUGCUGUGGGUUGCUGUGAUUGGUUCUGUGAUCCCAUUUUGUAUAAUAACACAGACCUACAGUAUCACCAAUAUGAAGAUCACCACUUGUCAUGAUGCCUUAUCAAAUAAUGGAAAAGUGUUCUUGCUUCCUUACUUCAUAAGCAUUUUUGUUGUGGGAUUUGUUCUGCCCUUGUGUAUCAUGUUGUUCUGUUAUGGUUCAGUUCUCCAAACUUUAAUCAGGAAUCAAAAAAAAUAUGUAUUUGCAGCCAAGGUUACAGCUUUAGUGCUGGUGGUGUUUGUUGUGUGUUUUGCCCCCAGCAACAUUAUUCUUAUCCUUCACUAUUCAGAUAAGAGUGAACAUGAAAACAGUGACUAUUUGUACUAUAUUUAUAUGCUUAGCCUGGCUGUCAGCUCCUUCAACAGCUGCCUUGAUCCUUUUAUUUACUACUACAUAUCAGAGGAGUUCAGAUCCAGGGUUAGAUCUGCUUUCAAGUGUAGCAAAAAGUCGUACAAGGUAACAGACCAAGCUACCAGCUCAUCACAAUUAAAGUCUAAAGGAACCAUAGUGUCAUCUUUAGAUACAUGCAAGCGAUUCCCAGCUUGAGGAUGUUAGUACUAAGGUGAGGAGCUGACUGCAUUUGUAAAAUGAUUGUGUACAUAUUUGAUAGGUGAUGGAUACUGAUACGAACAGAUGUCCUGCAGAUGAAGCAAGACGUUGGUCAACUACUGGAGUCUUCAGUGCGUAAAGAAGGAUAAAAAUGACAGUUUUUGAAGAUGUAACAAUAAUAUACAUUAAAAAUAAAAAAUGGAAUAUGGACUGAAAUAUUAAUUUAUUAGUACUGUACUUGUAAGAAAGAGAAGCUCAAGAGGAAUGACAGCCCCCUAACUCAUCUGAAUGAAGGAUCUCAUCUAAACACAAUUUAUUCAACAUUCAGCUUAUGGUUAAUUUCAGUUGUUAAUUCAUUUACACAGCAGAAUACCGUGCUGCAGAAUCGUUCUUUUAAUGUAUAUUUUAAAAGAAUAACCUAUUGGGUGAGAGCAUUAUGAGAAGUGAUGGUGAGUAAAACAAGGGCAAUUCUCCCAGUUAGCAGUUAAUUUGCUUUAUGACCAAAUAUAGGAACUAAAAAGCAAGUGUGAAACUAACUUGCUAUCUUCAGUUUACCAUGCUGUUCAGCUUUCUUCAUUUCCUCCCAGUCUACUGAGGAAACAAAAAAGGGUAAUAUGCAUCACCAGCGGGCUCAUGCAAUGGUCUAUCAUUAGUGUUUGUGUACUGCUUUAUUUAGCUGCUGUUUUGUAUGCCCACAUUGCAGAGGUGAAAAGGUAACACUGUAUUUAUUAGCAAUAUGAUGCUAAAAAAGAUAAAUGGAAAUGUUGUUCAGUGUUGUCAUGUCAAUUUGACCUUUAGGAUAGCCUAAAGAAGAAAUGUUAUCUAGAUUUACAAUCCAGAGUUACUCAUUUUUAAAUGCUUUGUUAUUAUUCUUCUAUGUUGUAUUGUAAAGUCAAAUUCAGUGUUGUCAAAAAAUAGAAAGAAAGCGAGAUAAAGAAAGAUAACUGUUAAGAUUUCAAUAAGUUAUUUUGUACCUGCUUAUGCUGCUAGUCAUUCAAAGGGACUUUAAAUUAAGAGAAAUACAGUAAAUAUAGAAAAGGGUGAAUUUACUGAACAUUACAGCAGAGACGGGACGAGUGACUGUCAUGCUACUCUUCUAUCAUAGCCACUGCACCGCCUUCCAUUUGUCAGUGACAGAUAUUGGCAGGUUUUAGCUUAAACAAAUUAACAUCUGAACAGCUUUUAUUUUCUGUCUCCUAUCUAUAUUUCUAUUACUUUUGAUUGGUUCAUACUGUAAGAUAAAACAGAUUUAAUGGAAGGAACAUAGACUAGAACAUAAUGUACUUUUUGCAGUAUUUGUAUAUGAAAAGCUCUAAACAUAGGAACUUAGAUUUAGUGAAAUGGGUGUCUAGAAGAUAUGGAGAUAGUGGCAUAAUAGUAAAGGUUAGUAGCUGUUAAUUCCAAAAUAAAA